CGGCGAUGCGGGCACGCGGCUGGGGACGCCUGCCUCGGCGGCUGCUGCUGCUGCUGGUUCUGUGCGUGCAGGCGACGCGGCCCAUGGGCUAUUUCGAGCUGCAGCUGAGCGCGCUGCGGAACGUGAACGGGGAGCUGCUGAGCGGCGCCUGCUGUGACGGCGACGGCCGGACGACGCGCGCGGGGGGCUGCGGCCGCGACGAGUGCGACACGUACGUGCGCGUGUGCCUUAAGGAGUACCAGGCCAAGGUGACGCCCACGGGGCCCUGCAGCUACGGCUACGGCGCCACGCCCGUGCUGGGUGGCAACUCCUUCUACCUGCCGCCGGCGGGCGCUGCGGGGGACCGAGCGCGCGCGCGGUCUCGGACCGGCGGCCACCAGGACCCGGGCCUCGUCGUCAUUCCCUUUCAGUUCGCCUGGCCGCGUUCUUUCACCCUCAUCGUGGAGGCCUGGGACUGGGACAAUGACACCACUCCAGAUGAGGAGCUGCUGAUUGAGCGGGUGUCGCACGCUGGCAUGAUCAACCCCGAGGACCGCUGGAAGAGCCUGCACUUCAGCGGCCACGUGGCACACCUGGAGCUGCAGAUCCGAGUGCGCUGUGACGAGAACUACUACAGUGCCACCUGCAACAAGUUCUGCCGGCCCCGCAACGACUUCUUUGGCCACUAUACCUGCGACCAGUACGGCAACAAGGCCUGCAUGGAUGGCUGGAUGGGCAAGGAAUGCAAAGAAGCCGUGUGUAAACAAGGAUGUAAUUUGCUCCACGGGGGAUGCACUGUGCCUGGGGAGUGCAGGUGCAGCUACGGCUGGCAGGGCAAGUUCUGUGACGAGUGUGUCCCCUACCCUGGCUGCGUGCAUGGCAGCUGUGUGGAACCCUGGCACUGUGACUGUGAGACCAACUGGGGUGGCCUGCUCUGUGACAAAGACCUGAACUACUGUGGCAGCCACCACCCCUGUGUCAACGGGGGUACCUGCAUCAAUGCUGAGCCUGACCAAUACCUCUGCGCCUGCCCAGAUGGCUACUUGGGCAAGAACUGCGAGCGGGCUGAGCACGCCUGUGCCUCCAACCCGUGUGCCAAUGGGGGCUCUUGCCACGAAGUGCCGUCUGGCUUUGAAUGCCACUGUCCGUCGGGAUGGAGCGGACCCACCUGUGCACUCGACAUUGAUGAGUGUGCCUCUAACCCAUGUGCAGCGGGUGGUACCUGCGUGGAUCAGGUGGACGGCUUCGAGUGCAUCUGCCCAGAGCAGUGGGUGGGGGCUACUUGCCAGCUGGACGCCAAUGAGUGUGAAGGGAAGCCGUGCCUUAAUGCUUUUUCUUGCAAAAACCUGAUUGGCGGCUAUUACUGUGAUUGCCUCCCGGGCUGGAAGGGCAUCAACUGCCAAAUCAACAUCAACGAUUGCCAUGGGCAGUGUCAGCAUGGGGGCACCUGCAAGGACCUGGUCAAUGGGUACCAGUGUGUGUGCCCGCGGGGCUUUGGAGGUCGCCAUUGCGAACUAGAGUACGACAAGUGUGCCAGCAGCCCCUGCCGCCGGGGUGGCAUCUGCGAGGACCUGGUGGAUGGCUUCCGCUGCCACUGCCCACGGGGCCUCUCUGGGCCACACUGUGAGGUGGACAUGGAUCUCUGUGAACCAAGCCCCUGCCUCAAUGGUGCUCGCUGCUACAACCUUGAGGGUGACUACUACUGUGCCUGCCCAGAAGACUUUGGUGGCAAGAACUGCUCGGUGCCCAGGGACACAUGCCCUGGCGGGGCAUGUAGAGUGAUCGAUGGCUGCGGGUUUGAGGCAGGGUCCAGGGCACGCGGUGUCGCGCCCUCUGGUAUAUGUGGCCCUCACGGGCACUGCGUCAGCCUGCCUGGGGGAAACUUCUCCUGCAUCUGUGACAGCGGUUUCACAGGCACCUACUGCCAUGAAAACAUUGACGACUGCAUGGGCCAGCCCUGCCGCAACGGGGGCACGUGCAUUGACGAAGUGGAUUCCUUCCGCUGCUUCUGCCCCAGUGGCUGGGAAGGCGAACUCUGUGACAUCAAUCCCAACGACUGCCUCCCCGACCCCUGCCACAGCCGCGGCCGCUGCUAUGACCUGGUCAAUGACUUCUACUGUGCCUGUGACGAUGGCUGGAAGGGCAAGACCUGCCACUCACGCGAGUUCCAGUGUGAUGCCUACACCUGCAGCAACGGUGGCACAUGCUAUGACAGCGGUGACACCUUCCGCUGCGCGUGCCCUCCGGGCUGGAAGGGCAGCACCUGCACCAUCGCCAAGAACAGCAGCUGUGUGCCCAAUCCCUGUGUGAAUGGAGGCACCUGCGUGGGCAGCGGAGACUCUUUCUCCUGCAUCUGCCGGGAUGGCUGGGAGGGCCGCACCUGCACACAUAACACCAAUGACUGCAACCCUCUACCCUGCUAUAACGGAGGCAUCUGUGUUGAUGGCGUCAACUGGUUCCGCUGCGAGUGUGCGCCUGGCUUUGCGGGUCCUGACUGCCGUAUCAACAUCGAUGAGUGCCAGUCCUCGCCCUGUGCCUACGGAGCCACGUGUGUGGAUGAGAUCAACGGGUACCGCUGCAGCUGCCCACCAGGUCGUUCUGGCCCCAGGUGCCAGGAAGUGGUCAUAUUCACGAGGCCCUGCUGGUCCCGGGGCAUGUCCUUCCCGCACGGGAGUUCCUGGAUGGAAGACUGCAACAGCUGCCGCUGCCUGGAUGGCCACCGGGAUUGCAGCAAGGUAUGGUGCGGAUGGAAGCCUUGCCUGCUCUCUGGUCAGCCCAGCGAUCUGAGUGCCCAGUGCCCCCCAGGGCAGCAAUGUCGGGAGAAGGCCGUGGGUCAGUGCCUGCAGCCACCCUGUGAGAACUGGGGGGAGUGUACAGCAGAGGAGCCUCUGCCACCCAGCACCCCCUGUCAGCCACGGAGCAGUCAUUUGGACAACAACUGUGCUCGACUCACACUGCGCUUCAACCGUGAUCAAGUGCCUCAGGGCACCACUGUGGGCGCUAUCUGUUCUGGAAUCCGAGCCUUGCCUGCCACGAGGGCAGCGGCACACGACCGCCUCCUCCUGCUGCUCUGUGAUCGAGCAUCCUCGGGGGCUAGUGCUGUGGAGGUGGCUGUGUCUUUCAGCCCUGCAAGGGACCUGCCUGACAGCAGCCUGAUCCAGAGCACAGCCCACGCCAUCGUGGCUGCUAUCACUCAGAGAGGAAAUAGCUCACUGCUGCUGGCUGUCACCGAGGUCAAGGUGGAAACAGUUGUUAUGGGUGGCUCUUCCACAGGUCUGUUGGUACCCGUGCUGUGCAGCGUGUUCAGUGUGCUGUGGCUCGCCUGUGUGGUUAUCUGCGUAUGGUGGACACGAAAGCGCAGGAAAGAACGUGAGAGGAGCCGGCUACCACGGGAUGAGAGCGCCAACAACCAGUGGGCCCCGCUCAAUCCCAUCCGCAACCCCAUUGAGCGGCCAGGCGGCAGCGGUCUGGGAACUGGGGGUCACAAGGACGUACUCUACCAGUGCAAAAACUUCACACCACCGCCCCGCAGGGCAGGCGAGGCACUGCCCGGGCCAGCUGGCCAUGGGGCUGGCGGGGAGGACGAGGAGGACGAGGAGCUGAGCCGUGGAGAUGGGGACUCCCCAGAGGCAGAGAAGUUCAUCUCACACAAAUUCACCAAAGACCCCAGCUGCUCCCUUGGAAGGCCAGCCUGCUGGGCUCCAGGGCCCAAAGUGGACAACCGCGCCGUCAGAAGCACCAAGGAUGUGCGCCGUGCUGGCAGGGAGUAGCCAGCCUCCAGGCUGGCACCCAGAACCCUUGCCGGCACCACGCUGCCUGCCGGACCAUAGGAGGCCAAGGCCGUGUGCAUAGUUUCUUUAUUUUGUGUAAAAAACAAAACCAAAACCAAAAAACAAAUGUUUAUUUUUUACGUUUCUUUAACCUUGUAUAAAUUAUUCAACGGCUGUCAGGCGGAAAA